AAAGAUUAACUGGCAUUCUUUAAAAAGGCAUCAGUUUUCUUUCGCACAGGUGUUUGGAGAGCCUGGACUGGAUGCCCACUAGAAUCCUGUGCUGGUCUGUAGAUUUCCUGAAGACCUUAAGACAUGCUGACAUCAUGGUCUCCUUUCUCAGAUUCCUUCUCUCUCUCUUUCUCCCCCACUCUCUCUCUCUCUGUCUCUCACUUUCUCUCCUUUCCUCCCUCCCUCCCUCCUUCCCUGUCCCUCCCUCCUCUGCCCAAUGUCUCCCAAUCUCUUUCUUUCUCUCUUUAGUUCCUCCAGGUAAUUCUUACUUAAACUUGUACCAACUUGUUUUUGACUGACAGUGAACAGUGAGAGAGUUUUCUUCAUUUUGAGGAACCCUAAACACCUAUCUUUCCCAAGGCAACCUGUCUGGACUGAGCAUUUCUCUGACUUGACAUAACUCCCCAUCCAGCCAGGAGUCUGCACUCUUCCGUCUUUGCAGGCAGUAGCAGAAUCCCAUGGUAGCCAGGUGGGUGAAGGGGAGCGAGGACGUUCUACCUGCCUUGAAGAAGACACCUGACCUGCGGAGUGAGUGACCAGGUAGUAGAGGGUUCUGAAGGCAUCACACACUUGAGGGAGGGAGGAGGACAGAGAGGGCUAUGGCACCCUUUGACUGCUGACUGCCAGCUGCUGUCUUUCCCACUGAGAAAUGCUGCCCCCAACACACCCAGAGGCUCUAGGUCUUGUCCUGUGAUUUCUGUCCACCAAGCCUUGAGAGGAGGUAUGAUAGAUGCCAUUAAGUCCAGCACUAGAUACAAAGGACUGCAGCAAAAGUGCUCUCAGCAGAAAGAGGAAACAGGUCCAGUUCAUCCCAAGCCUGGCUUGCUGCCCCUUUGAAAGAGAGUUUAAAACAGAAGCUUCAUGGUGCUGCCUUCAUAAAAACAGAGCCAAGCUUUCCAGAAUCUGGCAGAGGGCUGAGUGCCCGCAGGACACUUGUGUAUCACUCACACUGGAAAACUUAAGCUUCUGUUUUUACUUCAGUGGAUUGAAUGGCAUGCAGUUUCCUCAGCAGUUUAAAAAAAAAAAAAAUGCAUGCAGUCACUUGCAGACAGGCUGCAUUUGUCUCUGCUGGUGCUCACGUUACAAGCUUGUCUGUGCAUUUGGGCAUGCCAGCAUGGUGUUUCAUUUCCAACCUUUACUGUGGUCACUUUCCUCUUCGUUGUACUGAGAAGUGUUGUUGAGGGUAUAGUAAGGCCCUAGUUUAUCAAUUAUAUCCUGUACUUUUCUUCUAACUUGAUCCCAAGAACAGUGGAAUUUGCUUCAAGGUAAACAAGUUUUGAAUAAUUUAUGGCCCUUCUUUGCAACAAAAAUGAAAAUGCAACUUUCUAAGGAAAAAUCAAUUUCAAGGGGGCAUUUAGUAAAUAACGCAGUCUUAAUAAUGUAACAGGAAAAUUAAAAUGCCCAGCAGACCUUUUGCAUCCUGAACAGGUGUUUGCUGCUAAUGGAUACAGUUUCCAUUUCCUUGAAGGGAUUUGCCCAGAGGAUUACUUUCAAAACUUCUAUUGAGAUAAUACUGCUCUAACAGAAAGAGCAUUGCAUGAAUCUGUAUAUCAGUUCCUUAACAAAAGGGAAGUUUUUUAAUUCUUAAAAUACCAAUGAGGUGAAGAAAAACAUGCCGCCCAGGUAAAGUUACUCUGUCAUCACCCGCAUUAUCUUUUUCAAGGAAUGUGGGGGAAAUGUAUGUCAGUCACCAGGCAGGUACUAUAAGACGCUAGAAGCCUCCCAGACAGCUUGUUUCCGGCUGUUAACAUGGAGCAGAGCGUUCCCUGGGGCUGAGCAUGGAAGCCCAGCACUUCUUAUAGGUAUGUCUUUCCUACUACAAUGUUAGAUGCCUACACUUACUGACUUUUUCAUUUGCUCUUUAAAAUAGAUUUCUUCUGCUGGUUCUGCUUAGUUCUACGGAGUAAGGUAGAAUUUUGGUGCCAUAUCUAAAUAUCAUGUCUAAAAUGAUAUUGGAAGCACUUUUCCAAGAAUAACCAGCAUAUUGAUCAAGUCAUUAAUAAAGCCUAAUUAUUUGCUAUAAGAAUGUUUUAGGUUGUUUCAUAACUGAGUUUUUUCCAAAGUCAUAACAAAACUAGGAGAGGUCGUAGAUUCUUAAUUAUUCAUUAGAUUGGGGGAAAACGAAUUGCUAUUACAAAGAAUAUCAUGCAAAAAAUAGGUUUUAAAAAAUGCAUUACUACUAACUGAGUUUUAAAAACGUAUACUAAUAUUCUCCAUAUCAAGAACUGUUUCAUGGGUGGUAGAUUUUAGUUAUAGCAGUACUGGACUAACAGUCAAUAAUUUUAAAUUUUCUAUGAUUGAGAAUACAUGGUAGCUGAAUAUAAGUAAACAUAUUACUCUGUGAGACAUAUGCAUAAGAGUUUGUUAUCACGAAAAACAGCAUAACAUUAUUAUUUUGAAAUACAAGGCUCUGUUUAAACACUUUACCUUAUUUAAUGGUAACAAAAUCCCUGAGGAAUAGGUUGUAUUGCCAUUUAAAACAUUGGAGAGUGGAGGUCCAGAGAGGUUAAAUAGCUUUCUCCAGGUCACACAGCUGAUGAAUUGCAGGGUCAGCAUUUAACUCCGGUUUGCCUUUCUGCAAGGUCUCUGCUCCUCACUCUACCCUACUGACCACCUAAGUACAGAUCAGUUAAUCUUGCCUUCAGAAUUCUCCUUUCUUGUGUACUUCCAUGUACAUUCAUACUUACUUCACAUGAUGAUCCUAUUUUCUGGAAGUUCCACCAUAUAUGGCGAUAAUGAAACGUCCUUGUCAUUUCUCUAAGUAUUUCCAGAGCCUGGCCAUGGAUGCCAUUCACAUCGGCAUGUCCAGCACCCCCCUGGUGAAGCACACUGCUGGGGCUGGGCUCAAGGCCAACAGACCCCGCGUCAUGUCCAAGAGUGGGCACAGCAACGUGAGAAUUGACAAAGUGGAUGGCAUAUACCUACUCUACCUGCAAGACCUGUGGACCACAGUUAUUGACAUGAAGUGGAGAUACAAACUCACCCUGUUCGCCGCCACUUUUGUGAUGACCUGGUUCCUUUUUGGAGUCAUCUACUACGCCAUCGCGUUUAUUCACGGGGACUUAGAACCUGGUGAGCCUAUUUCAAAUCAUACCCCCUGCAUCAUGAAAGUGGACUCUCUCACUGGGGCAUUUCUCUUUUCCCUGGAAUCCCAGACAACCAUUGGCUAUGGAGUCCGUUCCAUCACAGAGGAAUGUCCUCAUGCCAUCUUCCUGUUGGUUGCUCAGUUGGUCAUCACGACCUUGAUUGAGAUCUUCAUCACCGGAACCUUCCUGGCCAAAAUUGCAAGACCCAAAAAGCGGGCUGAGACCAUCAAGUUCAGUCACUGUGCAGUCAUCACCAAGCAGAAUGGGAAGCUGUGCUUGGUGAUUCAGGUAGCCAACAUGAGGAAGAGCCUCUUGAUUCAGUGCCAGCUCUCUGGCAAGCUCCUGCAGACCCACGUCACCAAGGAGGGGGAGCGGAUUCUGCUCAACCAAGCCACUGUCAAAUUCCACGUGGACUCCUCCUCUGAGAGCCCCUUCCUGAUUCUGCCCAUGACCUUCUACCAUGUGCUGGAUGAGACGAGCCCCCUGAGAGACCUCACACCCCAAAACCUAAAAGAGAAGGAGUUUGAGCUUGUGGUCCUCCUCAAUGCCACUGUGGAAUCCACCAGCGCUGUCUGCCAGAGCCGAACAUCUUAUAUCCCAGAGGAAAUCUACUGGGGUUUUGAGUUUGUGCCUGUGGUAUCUCUCUCCAAAAAUGGAAAAUAUGUGGCUGAUUUCAGUCAGUUUGAACAGAUUCGGAAGAGCCCAGAUUGCACCUUUUACUGUGCAGAUUCUGAGAAACAGAAACUUGAGGAGAAGUACAGGCAGGAGGAUCAGAGGGAAAGAGAACUGAGGACACUUUUAUUACAACAGAGCAAUGUCUGAUCAUAGGAGUGCCAUCCAGGUUUAACCCUGCAAGCUGUUUCCACAUCAGAACUCCCAUCAAACACAAAGGUUGCUGUGAAAACGAAAAUGUGUAGAUGCACUCUCAAAAACUGCACGGACAUACAAAAUCCAUCUUUCCCUUUGAUCUUGUGGCUAAACCAGCAUUUCUGUGUUUGAGAGAUUUCCUUUUAAGUGCUUCGAACGAAAGUGAACUCUCAUAAUUCAAAUUGUAUAAAAUAAAGCUACAUUUCUAAGAGCUUGGUGUAGGGCAAUUGGAAUAGUGUCCUGUUAGAUAAACAGACAUUUAGCAAUGCUGACAUUAAAAUGUAUUUCUAUACAAGAUUAUUAGCUCUAAUACAAGAUAUUUAUUUAACCAAUAACCUUAUGGCUGAGAGUUGAAUUGUGGUUCAGUAUUAAUUGAUCUCACUGCUUUAAAACAUGCUGUUUUUGUUCAAGCAGGAAAAAUAUUAUAUCUAAUGAUGUCUAAUACCUAAAAAGAGGUAGAGCGACUCUCUAUUCACAAAAUACAGUAAUUUCAUUUUUACCUUUCUUCAGUGGACUGAAUUGUAUGGAAGGAAAUCGAUCAGAUCUGUCAUUCACAACUGUGGAAACCUACACAAAUGGGGCUGAUGCCAUUGUUUCCUCUAUUUUUUUAUUUUAUUUUUAUGUUUUGGAAUUUACUAUCCUCUUUCCAUUCAAAAUGUUUCCAUUCAAAAUGUGGUUCACAGACCCACCGCGUCAGCACCAUCUGAGCGCUUAUUCGUAACAUGUAGAUUCUCAGGCCCCAGCCAGACUUACAGAAUUGGGGUGUCUAUCUUAACAAGAACCCCAGGUGAUUUGUAUACAGAUAAAAGUUUGAAAGCUCUGCUCUGGACAAUGUUUUCAAGGCAACUUUCCGAAGCCAUGUGGAAAACUGACUCUGUGGGUCCCGUAUCCCCGUGGCAUCCAGACCUGGCCCCUCUUCAUUUCAUUAUUGUUGGCCAAUAUUUCUUUCAGCCAUUUCAUUUCUUGUCUAUUAAAAUGCCUUGCCCAUAAAGGAACUGCAUAGAAUUAUCCCCUGACAUUCCAAGAGCAAAAUAAAGCUCUUGAGAGUAAUUGCCGUCUCAGUCAUGCUUGCUGAUUACAGUUAGCACAAAAGAAAAAUUCAGCUGCCUGACAAUACAGGAAAUGUUCUCAGAUGCUGAAGUUUGUAAGGUCCGGUGGGGCCAUGAGGACGAAGAGGAGCUGAAGGUAAGGAACUCAUAAACAAGAUGACUCUUUGAUGCAUGAACAAGAUUUGAAAAUCUCAAACCUGUAAAGAAUACCCCCGCUAUUUAAAUAAAGCUCAUACCAAGAGGUAACAUUUUGCCCCAGGCAAAAUUCAGGGGUCGAGUGCCCUGCAUUCCUUUGAGGCAAAAAAUAACUGGUCUAUGACUGGUUAAAUGUCCAAAAGGUGAAUUCUCAUUUCAUUCAAACAAAGACAGAUUUGCACAUUCACUCAAGCAGAAUGUGGCCAUGAAUAUUCAGUCCCUGAAUACGUACAAAGAUGUACACGAUUCCCGCCACCACACACACAUACACUCACACACACGUACACACAGACACACAUACGCCCUGGCUCUUCAAGCAUAAUCAUGGUAGUCAUCAGUGAAAGACAUUUGCGAUUAAUACGGCAAGUCCUUGACAAAUAUGUUCAUGUCUAUUUGGUUCUAUAAAAAUAUGAACAUUGGGACUCAGAGAAAAUGGGGAAAAUAAAGUGGAUUCAGAUAAUCAGUGAAAUGAUGGCAUAGAUGACAGUAGAUCUGCUAUAUAUUGAUGUUACUGCAUUUGCAAAUGUCCUCCCAUUAAACAGAAAAUGUGGCUAAAACCCCUGGCCUGGAACUGAACUAGUUUAAGGUGUGUGUAAGGAUAAUGGGAGUAAAGUUUGUGAAAGUUUAAAGAACAAUCUCAAUCCAUGAACAAGAGGGAGGAUGUUGUCUUUAAUUAUUUAGAAGGUUUUUUUUUCCUUGUCUGUUGAUAAAUUUAUGGAAGGUUGCUUUAGAUCUCUAUUCCUUAAAAAAUAUUACGUGGCAGUAUAGUUAGAUAUUAUCUCUUUUAGUUAUUAUACUUGCUAUUUUUCUGUAUACUGUGGUAUAAUCAACAAAAAAUAAUCCCAUGGGCAUGUUUACACCUUUUCUGUUGCACUAUUAAAUUCUUUUCACAGUAUUUAUAUCAAUGCUAAUUUAAAUGUGAUGCUGAUUAAAAAUCUUGCUCAUUUAUAUUGUAUCUGGUACAAGGACAUAGCAUAAGAUUCAGAAAAAAUUUUGUAUUGUCAUUUAGCGUAUCAAUUUCAGCCAAAUUUGGAAGACUUGAUCAUCUUACCUUUUGCUCUACACACUCAAAACAAAUAUUGGAGUAGAAAUAUCACCUUAAAAUAUAUCUUAAUUUACAUUUAGAUAAUAUUAAAAUCACAUUCUAUUAAAAUUGGAAAUUUAAUUAAAAUAAAAAUCAAACAAAA